AUGUGUUCUUUCCUUGCAGACAUGGCAGAGCCAAUUCAGCAGCUGACCAGGAAUAACAACCCCCAGGAGAGACAGACCAUCCCAUUUACUCUCAUCCAGCGCAAAGAAAAGCUUGGAGAUCUGCUCUACGAAAAGCGUCAGUACGGGAAGGCCAAGUGGGCUUGUAUAAAAAUGAAAGAGAAACAGUAUGAGCAGAGCAUAUGCCUUGGAUUCAUGAAGCUUAUGAGGUACAUUUGUGAGCAGAAUUCCUCAGGGCUGUACUUGGGGAUAACAAUACCCAUUGUGACCAUAGUCCAUACAAACGAGUCUCAGUCGGAGAUGACACAGUCAGUGACAGUAGCUUAUUACCUGCCUGAAGUGCUGCAGGACGAGCCCCCUCAUCCGUUUGACUCUGACAUCAUCAUUGAAGAAUGGCCUUCUACUAUUGUUUAUAGUAGGAGCUUCAGAGGAAUCACCAAUGAAGACUCUAUUAUGAGAGAAAUAAACCUGUUGGCGGAAAUUCUGGAGAGUCCCGAGUUAUGUUUGCAGGACACAUUCAUCAUUGCAGGAUACACAAACCCAGCUGCUGCCAACAGACACAACGAGAUCUGGUUCCUCCAAAGACCCUAG